GCGCGCCUCUCCACUCCUGCGUAGAGGCGGGAAAAGCGCCUGCCCCCUACCCUAUCUGUGGGUGAACGUCUGAAAGCGGGAGGGAGGGCAGAAAGAGACACUCAUUUCACGCUCCACCGAGGCGAGGUCACCCGCUGGCCUUGUGGGUGGCCAGGCACCGCCCAACGGCGACGACACGCUUUGGCCGGCUCCCCUUUUGCACGGCGCCUCUCCGGACCCCCGUCCUUACUCCCCACCCGACCAGCGUGCGCGCAAAGGGGCGCGCGUCCCCCUGCCUUCGCCCCAGCGGCGCCCGAGGCCCGGCGGCCCGGAUUGGCCGGGGAGGGCGGCGAGCUCCGCCUGCUGUAGCCGCGCUUCUCGGCUGGGAGGGAGAGAGGCGCGGGGCUGCGCUGCCUCGUCUGGAGCGGGAGAGCCUGGCAGCGGCGGCGGAGGAGCAGCCGGAGCCUGCUGGUCUGAGGCGUCCGCCCCGUGGCCCCUCCGCUCCCGGCGCGCAAGGCAAGGCAAAGGGGGGCGCCCCCUCCAUCGGUCCAUGACCAUGGGCGACAAGAAGAGCCCGACCAGGCCAAAAAGGCAAGCAAAGCCUGCAGCCGAUGAAGGCUUUUGGGAUUGUAGUGUGUGCACCUUUAGGAACAGUGCUGAAGCCUUUAAAUGCAGCAUAUGCGAUGUCAGGAAAGGCACCUCCACAAGGAAACCUAGGAUAAAUUCUCAGCUUGUUGCACAACAAGUUGCUCAGCAAUAUGCUACCCCACCGCCUCCUAAAAAGGAGAAGAAAGAGAAGGUGGAAAAGCAGGAAGAGAAAAAGCCAGACAAAGAAAAAGAAAUUAGUCAAAGUGUUAUAAAGAAGAGUACCAACAAGAAGACUAAGCCAAAGUCAGAUAUUGUGAAAGAUCCACCAAGUGAAGCAAACAGCAUACAGUCUGGGAAUACAACAACAAAGACCAGUGAUUCAAAUCACACCUCAAGGCCUAGACUGAAAAACGUGGACAGAAGUACCGCCCAGCAGCUGGCAGUCACAGUGGGCAACGUCACAGUAAUUAUCACAGACUUUAAAGAAAAGACUCGUUCUUCUUCCACGUCGUCAUCCACAGUGACCUCCAGUGCAGGAUCAGAACAGCAGAAUCAGAGCAGCUCGGGAUCUGAGAGCACAGACAAGGGUUCCUCCCGCUCCUCGACGCCAAAGGGCGACAUGUCCACAGUCAAUGACGAAUCUUUCUGAAAUUGCACAUGGAAUUGUGGGGAACUUAUGAAAUCAGGGUAUGAAAUUCAAUUGCUCCACUUGUCCACCAGGCUGCAGUCGUCCAGGGAAAGCUCCAGUGCCACUUACAUCUCUUCUGCCUCUUCUUGAGAGUCGGUGUAUUUUGGGGGGGGGACCUCACCUCUAAACAGAUGACACCGGGAUCGUUUGUGCUGGCUGUGGGCAUCUGGCCGUCGAAGAAUUUCGCACCCUGACAAUAACUUUUUUGACACUUGUGUAUUCCAUUGUUUUAUAUGAUUUUCCUAACAAUCAUUUAUAAUUGGAUGUGCUCUUGACUCUACUUUUUUAUAAAUCUGCUGUGCACAAUUUUUCCCAUGAACAUUGCAACCUUUUUUGUCUUUCGGGGCGAAGGGAAUGUGAAGUGAGCGGGAGGGAGAGGGCUGUAGGAGAGGGGUUUUUUUUUUUAAUUUAUUUCAGUCACAAACUCCAUCCUCUUGUUCUUGGUCGCCCCCCCCCCCCCUCCCCAGCAUAUCCUGUUUUGAUUUCAGUUCCCCUUCUUCUUCCAGUUAUACUGUGUACUAUCAGUUUUGAUAUAAAUUAUAUAUAAAUAUAUAAAUAUAUAUAUAUAAAUAAAAAUAUAUAGGGUUAUUUGAAACCAAUACAUGGAAACGCUGGUGCUUGAAACACUGUGAAGCGAAACAGUUUUAAGACCUGGGACAGUGAGUGCCCUUUGGAAAGAGCUGAAACUGGACCAGAACUAGUCAUAAACAAACCGAGUGUUCCUGCAGGCUCCACCCAAAACAGGACCUGGCUUCCUUUUUGUGCUUUGGCUGAAGAGUACUGGACAAAGAUAGAUGUCUAUUUUCUUAUUUUCUAUUCUGUUUUUGAAAUCUAAAAGGUGCUCCAGGUCACUUGCAUUCCUAGUAGAAUAUCUGAAAACAGUAAAAUCUCCAGCCUCGUCCUAUGGCAGUGUACACGUUUUAAUGGCCACAAGCUACGCUUGUUUCUGAAUGCCCUAGUAUUAAUGUACAGGAUGGCUACACGUUCACAUCGCCUAGUUUUGCGUAACCUGCCUCAUUCAAGUCCGGUGUUCUGUAACUUUAGCCAUGGUCCAGAUCUGUCCUGGUUACAGGGGUAUCAUUUCAAUACCUGCGGGGGGAGGAGGCAUUGUCAGUUUUUAUCAUCCAGAGCAAAAGGGAGCCUUAAGACAGAGGCUGCCCUCCACCCAGCUGUAAUAACAAAGGUACCACAAGAUCUGAUGUCAUAUGGCUUGUUCGCAAUACAAAUCUUUCACAUCUGUCUCUAUGUUCCUUUGUUUUACAUUAAUCCAUUGUGUAUCCUCAAGAGAGUUUUCUUUAAAGAAACAACAGCCUGUCUUCCAGUGAUGAUGGGUUGGGAUUAUUGGUGUUUAGACAUGUCUAGAUAUCCUGCCAUGCGAGCUGAAGUUGUGAAGAAUUUUUUCUUACUGGUAAGGGAGCAACUGGAUGAUGUGCCAUUUUGAUUUCGCUAGACAGCUGUUCCGAUGUCAGCUUCCUUCUAGCCCUGUUAGAAUUGCGUUGCAGUUUUGCCUAGCGUGUGUCUUAACCCUGCUUGAAACACUAGGAUGAAGAUAUGGCACACUUUUUUUUUCCUUUAAAAAAAGAUAUGCCUUCCAGUUCUCAUUGUGUGUGCUUUUUUAGGCGACCCAGAGUGCUUUGCUGUAAUUUCAGCAACCUCCCCCCCCCCCCCAUCAAAAUGGAUACUGCGUGGGUGUUUAUGCUCAAAGGGCCACUUGCCAGAACUUGGUGCUAGACAAUUACUAUACUAAUUAACUUGUUUGGAACAAUAUCAAUUAUUUCUGUUGUGUGGAGGCAGUGAAACUGUUGCGUUUUAUCAGCUCAGUUUUGACUCACAAACGCAAACUCUUUUCACACCCGGUUUAAAUUUUAGCCUGUGCUUAACUGAAUAAACCGACUCUGCUCAAAGCAGUGGAGAAGCAGAGCAGUGCCUUUGCAGCUGCAGUUUGAUUCUGAACAUGGUGCGUUCCUUGUUAAAUUGUUCUUGUAUUCUGAUUUGUUUUUGUUCAUUGAAAUCCUAUUAUUGAAAUAUUUAUUGAAAAAGAAAAAAAGAACCAAAGGAAAACCAGAUGAUUCUCAUAAGCUCCUAAAACACAAUAUUAUCUGUAGUUUUUAGUAGUCCACAUUGGUCCACCUUUUUAACAUGGAUGUGAUAUUGUAAAGACAUUCCUUUUCCAAGUUCUACUGUUCCUUUAAACGAUCUCAGGGAGGGUAAAUUGGUCAGCCAUAUUUAUUUUUGGAGAAAUUUUUUAAUUUUUAAAGAGAAGUUUGAACUUUGUCCCAGAUGUGUGUAUUUUGCACAGUUUUUUAAACGAAACGAACCAGAAUGAAUUGGGCCUGUGUUCAUUUGGACUGUUUACAGCAGACCUGUUGUGAGGGCGAGUGAAGUGCACCUAUACAGACAAAUGGUGUCUUCAGUGCUUCUUUGGAAUAAGGCCUUGGUGCAGGGGGAGAAAAGGCAGUGUGGUACGCUGAGGAAAUUUAUUUACAUGGCAAACACCACCCACCAAGCACUGUUGCUCUGCACCCACCAUUCCUCUUUGGGUGGGCUGACAUUCAAAAGGUGCACAUCAGCUGGAGUGGGUGGGUUGCGCCCAGUAAAACGCGCCCCUUAGAUUAGGUAGGUGGUAAAAGCUUUAAAGGUAACGAGCUACUCAUUGGUUUACCAAUUCAGUGGAAUCCUCUUUGGGUUUUCUUUUCUUUUUCUUAACGUGUGCCUCAUGAUAUGUUAGCUUGUUAGGUGAAAAGUAUGCAAAUCUAUCUUUGGCACAAGUGGACUGACUGAAGCUGCAUUUGGUUGAAAUUGUCAGCUAAGCAUUCAAACUUUCUUGGGCCGCAUUUUUUCGCUGUUGCAUUGUCAAUCUGCUUUUUUACUUAAACCCUGUGAUGGACAAUACCCUUAAACAGUAGCAUGUGUUAAAAUAGAAUUCCCUUCACUUCUGUGCAUUUCAGUUUGCCGUACGGUAGUUGGAGAGCAUGUUUUAAAUACUAGUGUAGAGGAAGGGGCCAGAAACGCUCAAUUGCCAAUGGCACAGAGAGCAGGCGAGAUAAAAGCACAGUGUUAACAUUUGCAAGUUUCAAUUUUUACACUUCACAUACACACACGUGCGUGCACACCCAUACAUACAACAGCUUGCCUGACUUGCUCAGUUUGACAGAGUCAUGCAAAGGGAACCAGUAAAAAGCGUUUAAGAUGAGCAAUUUUAAUUGAAGGCAAUUCGUUUACUAAAAAGAACAGAUUUAAAAUUCGGCAGUAGCUAUUUUCAGUGAGAGACACUUCCACCUGCCUUAUCAAUAUAAUUCUCAGUCUACUUUUUAAACAACAGUAAACGUAAAUUAUUGAAAAUUUAUUAAUUGCUGACUAUAAUAACCUUUGCUUGUAUGUAACCGAAAAAAAAUGAUUUAAGAGCCAACAUUUAGAAUAUGACAAUGGAGCUGAACAGUUUUUAACGCGCAAGCAGUUCUGUUCUUGUGUAUGACUUGUAACCUUAAUUUACUGUGUAAAGAUGGUUACAUUAUUUCUUUAGCUUUGUUUGGAGACAAAUAGAGAAUGCUUGUUUAAGUAUGUCAAGACAUAAUUUUAUCUUGUGGAUUUUUAUGUUAAUGUAUUAUACGAGCUAUAUUUUUCAUUUGCCCAGAAAGACAGCUUGUAUAACGCUUUUGGAAGUUUUCUGCUCUGUAAAGUCUUUAGAGCUGACAGUCCUGUUAGAUUUGUUUUUAAUCUUCAUGCUAAAAGUGUCAAUGGUGGUUUUGUGAACUGGUCAGAAAAAAUUCACAGGUCUUAAAUGUUUUUGGGAAAUUUAUAUUGGACACUGCUCUUUGUCUAGCAAAUAAAAGAUGUUAAUAUAUUCCUGUUACCGGCAUGUGCACGACUGUUAUUAGAAGCCACUUUAUAAUUUUCCUGCUUUAAAUAGAAAUGUCUAUUUAUGAAUUCUGCUUGUAGUUUUUUCACAAAUAAAAUAGCAACAUUUAAUUAAA